AGAUAGACAUGUCGGACAUUGAACAUCGGAUGCAAUGGUGCAUCGAGUGCAUCGGGCAGCGUCCCGUUCAGUUCAGUUUAAUUUGUUACCUCGUUUCAAUCUCGUUCUUUGUUUUGAAUUCUCUCAAGUAAACACUUUUAUUUUUACAUUACUAUUUUUACAGUACUAUUUUUAGUUCAUCUUCGCAUAAGCACAAUUAUAAUGAAUAAUACAAUUAUAUUAAUUGUUAUACAAAUAAAUUGUUAAAUAAAACUUUUUAUUCGUAGCUAACUCGCAUUGUUUAAAAACAAAAUUUUAUUUUAUUUUUACUUUGCGAUAAAUCAGAGGUAGUUUGGAUUAACAAUACUUUUAGUAAUAAUAAUUGAUCUUAGAUUUUUUAAUUUGAAUUAUAACCUACAACUAUUUAGUAACGUGUUCUGUUUCUUCUCGAAAAAUCUCAAUUUCUUUCUUUCCUUUUCCUCUCAUAUACAAUUAUACGCAUACAUACAUCUAGUAUUUUUGUGCUCUUGGGCAAUAAACAAUUAUCUUUGCGAGUACGACGAAUUUGAAGGUGCAUGUCUAAAAGAGUGGAACAUAAUUUUGAAAAAUAAUAUGGAUUUUAACACGAAUAAUCACACGAAUCAAUCGACAGAUGUAAAACCCGGCUUCUCAUCAGCAAAGUACGAGUGGACCUGGAAAAUCCCAUCAACUCCAUCAGUUAACUGUAAUGGCCUGAAUGUCGUAUUUCAUCCAGUGUACAGCACUGGCACAGCCGUGGUAAUGGGUAAUAGACCAUUCGAGGCUGGUAGGCAUCACUACUGGGAAAUUUUGAUGCUAACAUAUAUAUCUGGCACAGAUGUAAUGAUCGGAGUGGGAACUGCCAACGCGGACUUUUGUUACGCAACUCACAAAUUCUGCGCUGUGCUUGGAAAAGAUCGGCACUCUUGGGGUUACUCGUACAAGGGAUAUUUACAGCACGAUGAUAAAACUCAAAAGUACAACGCGACCUUCAAUCAGACCGACGUGGUUGGAGUACACCUUGACACUUGGAGAGGCACGUUGCAAUAUUUUCUAAAUGGAAAGCCCCUUGGUGUUGCUUUCACAAGACUGAAUAACGUCACACUGUAUCCAAUGAUGAGCUGUACGAUGGCUCAGUGCGUAAUGAUAUUGAGGGUCAGCUGCUCGAUACCGGUAUCUCUGCAAACUGGUUGCCUGGCAGUCCUAACGUCCAAGCAGAAGAAAUACCUACGAAAGAUGUUUCCUGGUCUACGCUACCUCUCACAAAAUGUCUUCGCUGAUAUAUUACGGAAGCCUAUCGAUGAUAAUGAGGACGACAUCGAGUUCCCUGUGGAACUCGAGCAUGUUAUUGUAGACGACUUCGAUUAUGCUCUUGUUGGAUUUGGGCGAAAGAGGAAGCUUCGGUAGUACUAAAUGUACGUCCAUUAUGCGGCUCUGUGAUACAAGUGCUCAAGUGAUUGAUCAUUUUAGUUUGUAAGUCAGACUGAUGUAUCUGAUCCACAAUAUGGAUACAAUUUUAUACCCUGCAUGAAUUAAAUCAGAUCUAUUUAUC